GUUCACUCACUCAGAAGUCUGGCGCCGAGUUGCAGUCGUUUGCCGCAAUCCCUGGAAGCAGCCUUCUUAGAUGCCCCCAACAAAAUUCCUUCCAGAGAGUGGUCAGCCAGAGGGGACUUCAAAGAUUUGCUGCAUACAGUAGCGAAAACUUCUCCAUAGCGUCGCCUACCCUUCCAAGAGCUGUUUUGGACCUUUUUGCACCGGAGAGAAUAUUCCAAGAUGGUACUGGACAUGUGUGGCUGAACAAGCCAGACAGCAUCAAGGACUAUGAGAGUCCCUGGACAGUAUUGGGUGUUGAUAUCUUGGAGGAUCUGCAGGACGGUCGCAAGCGGAGUCUGUCUCUGCUGCUGCAUAGGCUGAAGGCAAUCCAGCAGAGGGUACCCCAGGUGAAUGUGAUUGCUGUACAGCAGGCGCCUCAGGCGGACGUCCAAGCCUUCAGCGACCACCUCGUCCGAAGAAUCCUGCAGCACUACGUCACCUUCCCCGUCCUCGUCUUCUAUGAUGCAAUAAACAAGGCUGCCUUGUUCGAGGGCGCGGGAUGGAGCCCCAUCUCGUGUCUGGUGCUGGACCAGGCCUUUGCGACAGUCGCUGCGUACUCUUUGGAGGACCUCCGGAACGGCAGAGCCGGCAAACUGCUGCGGGAGCGGCUCACGAAAGCCAAGCUCGCGCGGAUCAGCAGCGGGGGCCAAACGGAGGAGGCAUCCGUGCGGAGGUCUCCCGCGGCGAUGAUUGGCCGGGGGCCCGACGAGGCGGAGGACUGGCCCAACCUGCUGCUGUCCUUCCCUUCGCACAUCACGUCCGAUCGCGCUAACUCGCGCCUCUUCGUCUCUAACGCGCUCAAUCACCAAGUUUUGAUCCUGGACCCAGACGGCACGAUCCUCGACGUGAUUGGCCUGUCGCGGACGGGGGGCUUCCAGGACGGUCCGUUCGAAACAGCGCAGCUGCGCCGCCCCGGGGCGAUGCUCUACGAGCGGGAGACGGAGACUCUUCUCAUUGCUGACGUCGAGAAUCACGCCCUCCGCCGCGCCGACCUGCGCGAGCGCACGCUCACCACCGUAUUUCCCAAGCCCCCGGAAGAAGAGUCCGUCGUUGAGUCGCUCUGGAGCCGGCUAGUCCCGGCUUUCUUGCGGCGACCGCCCCCUCCCCCGAGCACAUUUUCCGAGCCGCGCCCGUCGGCGGCGGACGAGGAGGCCGAGAGCGGGCGGCCGUGGUUCCCGUGGCACAUCGCGAUGAUCGAGGAGGGCGUGCUUGCAGUAGCCAGUGCGGGGUAUGGCCAGGCCUGGACGGUGAAUCUGGAGGAGGGCACCUCGGAAACGUGGAUGGACGGGGGGGCGCCAAACACGAUCCGCGCGGCAAUCUUGUCCCUCCACGCGACCGCCCACCGCGCCACGUCUCUCGAAGCCGACCUCCUGCCCGCGCCCGCAUUCGGACACUCCCAAAUAUCGACGGACACGCCCAGCUCGGACGUCCGCGACCUCUACUUCUUCGUCGACGGCAGCCGGGUUAUGGGCAUGCGGGUUAGCAGUAACCAAGGGGGAGGGAAGGUCCGGGCGCAGGUCUUCGCGGGGAGCACGGAAAGCCUGCCGGGUUACAAUAACGGGCCGAGGUUGCGGGCGAUGUUUCACGAGCCGGCAGGAGUCACGGAGCUGGGGGGGAGUUUGUACAUAGCGGACACGAAUAACCAUCGCAUCGCCCGUCUUGACCUGAGCACGGGUGACGUGUCAACUCUAAAGCUGAAAGGCUUCCAAAAACUCGGGAUCCCGCCUCAGUGGCGGCCGCCUGCCGAACCGCCGCUCAGCGCAGAGUUGCCGCAGGAGUUGCCGCAGGAUAGCACUGCUGACGUCAUUGAGACUGGAUCAGGUAGACACACGGUUCUGCUCGAAGUCAUCCCCCCGAAAGGCACGCGCUUCGCAUCGCCAGCCAGCGAUUGGCCCGUCGUCCGGCAGGCACGUGGCACCGCCGUCGAGUUGUCCGUCAUGGGGGGGGAGCUCGAGCACAAACAGGUGACGGAAGCGCAAAAGUGGGCGGAGCACUUUGAAGACCCCACGUGGGAAAGCGGCGAGGCGGCUGAGGGAACGGAAAGCAGCAAAGGGCGGGAGGUUGCAGAGGAGACGACGCCGGCGGGCGAUGGGGAGCUGAUGUGUCGCCUUGAUCUGAGCCCGGGGACAUCAGUGCUGGUCGUCAGCGGAGUAGUCCCUCUGGAAAUAGACAGCGGUCGAGACUACCAUCCUUUGCUGGCCCCACAGCCCGAUCUGGUAGUCCUCAAAUCGUUACAGAAACGGAUCAGAUUCAGAACGUCGUCCGAGAAAGAGCAGACCCAGGCGCCUUUACGAGUUACCGUGGAAUGUUGAGAUCAUUGCAGUAUGUAAGAGGACUGUACGGCGCUCGCGCCCUAGCUGCUCCCACCAACAGCAUGCAUGUGUUGGUACUCACAGAAACAACGAUCAUCGAAAGAUCGCGACUAUGUCUUUGUGGUGCAUGCACGACUGUUCUCAAGCAGCUAUGCAAGUCGAUACUUGGCGCGCACGUUUCCUUCUGAGAAAGUCUGUACUAUAGCACACCUCUAAUCAGUCACGCGUUUGGCCUUAAUAUAAG